AUGGCGGGGCCCCCUCGGCACCCCCUGAGCCUGGCGGAGGUGGCAGCGGGCAGCGAGAACGAGCGGCUGGGGGUGGCCCGGGACAGCAUGCUGCGCAACCCGCGCAUCCUCAAGGCAGAACUGGGAAAGCCUCUGAGAAACUGCUAUACACUGCCAGGCUUGGAUUUUUCAUACGGGCUGUACAUCGAAAGGACAGAUGGAGGAGUCCCUGAAGCAAUAGGCCACUGGAACACAAUAAAGCCUAGGACGAAUUUAACUCAGAAUAUGCCCCGAGACUUCAUCACCAUGAACCGUGGUGCUCUGAAGGCUGGGUAUACCACAGCCCGGGAGUUUAACUUGUACUACAAGGCCAAGGACAUUCGGUGCAAAGACGACGAAUACAGCCGCUUUAGGAGAUCUCCUCCUCAUGUACCUGCAGACAGGACCUAUGGCAUCCCAGCACGGCCUUCCACUCCUCUGUUUGACCUCCUGCAACACAAAUACAAGGAGCUGUGGAUGGAACAGCAGAGAGCACGGACCGCAGCGCUCCGGCUGGAGAAGACAAAGACACGGAAGGACAAAGUGCGCGACACCCGCACCACGCUUCUCCGAAAAAACCCAGUGCCUCCAAAGGAGGAGUCCUUUUGGCACCUGCCCCACCUGGAAAAGGUCGGGCCUCAUCUCAGUACUUUUCCAGACUGUGAUGCUCGUAAGAAGGCGUUCAGUUCCUCCCAUUGAGAAGUGCCUGGGAGAAGCAGUUCCCUCCCCAGGGCAGCCGUACAUCGAGCUCAGGUCAGGACCUCAGCCAGCAUGGAGCCCUGCAUCGGCCACAGACAUAGGAUUAUAGGAUUUCUCAGGAUUGAAAGAGUUGCGUUCAUGCAGAUGUAGCCAAAUAAA